AAAAAUAAUUACAAAAUACAUUGAGAAACAUGGCCAAGCCGACAACUAUUAAGGAUGCCCUCGCUCGCUGGGAGGAACGAACCAAGCAGGAGGCAAUCACAGCUACAGAUAUUGGAUUACAGUUUCAAUAUCCUCCAAUUGAGAAAAUGGAUGCUACACUGAGCACCCUGGUUGAGUGCCAGAAGCUGAGCUUGUCCUCAAAUAUGAUUGAGAAGAUAAGCGGCAUAUCGGGCAUGAAAAAUCUACGGGUUCUUUGUCUAGCUCGCAACUAUCUGAAAAAUUUGAAUGGCAUUGAGACUUUGGCUGAAACUCUGGAGGAAUUGUGGGUCAGUUAUAAUAACAUUGAGAAAAUAAAACAGAUUGAAUCGAUGAAGGCCCUCAAGGUACUCUACAUAUCACAGAAUCUAAUCAAAGAUUGGGCUGAGUUUAUGCGCAUUGGAAUUCCGCCGGGUCUCAGUGAGAUCACCUUUACCGGGAAUCCACUGUACGAGAACAUGGAUCCGGCCAACUUUCUGGCCGAGGCCGUGCGACGCUUGCCCAAUCUUCGAAAAUUGGAUGGCGAGCCAAUAAUACGUUAGGUUUUGAAUUGUGUUUGGAAUGCAAUUGAAAUAAAAGAUGCAAGUACAGAAUGU